GAGGUCCUGACAGCGGCCAAGAUGGCUGCCCCCGCGCUGCGCGCUCCGCUUCGCUGGUCCGGGCUGGCCCUGGGAGUGAGGUGCGCCGUCUGGAACCUUCCAGGGCUCACACAGGUGAGGGGGAGCCGCUAUGCCCCCGAAUUCCGGGAGCCCUUGAUUGACAAGGAAUAUUACCGCAAGCCGGUGGCGGAACUCACCGAAGAGGAGAAGUAUGACCAGGAGCUCAAGAAAACCCAGUUUAUCAAAGCUGCGGCCGCGACUGAAACCAGCUCGGUGUUCGCAGACCCGGUCAUCAGCAAAUUCACCAACAUGAUGAUGAAGGGAGGCAACAAAGUUCUGGCCCGGUCUCUCAUGGCUCAGACUCUGGAAGCUGUGAAAAGGAAGCAGUUUGAAAAGUACCGUGCUGCCUCUGCGGAGGAACAGGCCACCAUUGAACGGAACCCCUACAGGAUCUUCCACGAGGCACUCAAAAACUGUGAGCCUGUGAUUGGGUUGGUGCCGAUCCUCAAAGGGGGCCAUUUCUACCAGGUCCCCGUGCCUCUCGCUGACCGACGUCGGCGCUUCCUGGCCAUGAAGUGGAUGAUCACAGAGUGCCGAGAGAAUAAACCGCGGCGGACACUUAUGCCAGAGAAACUGUCACAUGAGCUGCUGGAGGCUUUUCAUAACCGGGGUCCCGUGAUCAAGAGGAAGCACAAUAUGCAUAAGAUGGCAGAGGCCAACCGUGCCCUGGCCCACUACCGCUGGUGGUAGCAGGAGAGGAGAGGUGGGAAAGGACACACUGCCACGAGAAACCACCCGACGGCUGGAGAGGUGGCUCAGUGGUUAAAGGCACUCACUGCUCUUUCCAAAGGACCUGGUUUGAUUCCCAGCACUCACACGGAGGCUCACUGACCACCUGUAACUCCUGUUCCAAAGGUUUCGAUACCUUCUGACCUCUGGGCACCAGGCGUGCACAUGGUAUACAGACAUAGGUGCAGACAAAACAUCUAUACGUACAGUACCACUAAUAAAUGUUGAGCUCCUGCUGUCCUGUUGGAAAGUUCUGGAAGUUAAGGACGGAGAGUGCUGUUUGUAAUGCAGUCUUCCAUUCUGUGAGUCUUUGAUUCUCCAUGCUGGCUAGAAGUUGGCCACAACUUGAGCAAAACUGCCUCUCACACAGUGAGAUGCACUCAAAGGACCACGUGUUAUCUGGUAAUCCAAAUUGGUUCCCCUGCUCCCCCCCUCCAACCUCUCAAAGACAGAAUGUGUCUCAGAGAUUUCCUGCAAGAAACUCAGGUCCAAUCUGGACUAGAAUAAAGACCUCUGGGGCUGGAGAGAGAGCUCAGUGGUUAAGAGUACUGGCUGUUGGGGUUGGUGAUUUAGCUCAGUGGCAGAGCACUUGCCUAGCAAGCACAAGGCCCUGGGUUCGGUCUUUAGCUGGAGGGGGGGGGGGGGAGGAGGAGUACUGGCUGUUCUUCCAGAGGUCCUGAGUUCAGUUCCCAGCAACCACAUGGUGGCUCACACCACCUGUAAUGGGCUCUGACGCCCUCUUCUGAUGUGUGUCUGAAGACAGCUGCAGUGGACUCAUAAGUAAAAAGACCUCUUCCUUUGGCUUGGGGUACACCUUUGGAUGCUAUGGAAAUACGCAGUUUGGUUUCAGAAAAGAUUUAUUAGAAAACCCUCACCCCAACCUGGUGAGGCAGUCACUCAUGACUGGAGGAAACAGGCUUCCUCCACAAAAGUCUCUCUAUAAAAUAUAUAAAACACC